UAGUGUUUUCUAAUAUUCAGCCCCAAAUCCAGAUUCGGAUACAUAUAUCCAAUAAUCAAAGAUCUUUCUAACUCAGAAUCUGAUCUGGAUUUGAAUCUGUUUUCGGUUUUGAUUUAGCCUCCAUGGAUGUCCUAUCGGCAUCGUCGUCUUCAUCUUCCAAUUUUGUUUACGACAUCUUUUUAAGCUUUAGGGGAGAAGACACCAGACUAGAUUUCGCAGAUCACCUGUAUACCGCACUGAAAAACGCAAAUUUUCGCGUAUUCAGAGACAAAAACGAUAUGAAGCUAGGAUUCAAUAUCAAACCCCAACUUGACUACGGUAUCAGACAAUCGAGAAUCGCGAUUGUCCUGAUAUCCGAAGGAUAUCGCUAUUCCAAAUGGUGUCUUGAUGAGCUCGUCUACAUCAUCCAGCGGAGAAAGUUAGAUGAUCGUUACAUUGUUUUUCCGAUUUUCUAUCACGUGCGCCCGUCGGAGAUCCGAAACCUGCAGAAUGUCAACUUUAAGAAAGAGUUUGAAGAACACAACAAAGACCUUUGUGUGUCGGAGAAAAAAAUUGAUGAAUGGAGAAAAGCGUUAAAUGAAGUUUCCGGAUUUAUGGGAAAAGUGUUGCCAGCUAGAUCCAAUCGGUACAUUUCUUUGCGUGAAUCAGAUUUUAUCAAAGAAAUAGUGAAAAAGGUAAGAAGCAUAUUGCAUCAACCAGAUAUUGCUUCAUGGGUAGCGAGCAAAUCCAGGGACAUUGACCUAUGGUUAAAAGACCCUAAAGAUGUCAGAGUAGGAGUGAUUAGCGGGAUGAAAGGAGUUGGUAAAUUUACCAUUGCCAAGUUUGUUUACGAUAGCAACGUUGCUGAUUUUGAAGCUAGCAGCUUUCUUAAUAUUAGAGAAGCUUCAACACAAGAAGAUGGCUUAACACUCUUACGCAAUCAACUCAUAGCAGAUGUUUCAAAGAGGAGAGAGCAGAGAGUAAGCAACAUUGAAGAGGGUACUAUAUGCCCAAUAAGGUUUUUAGUUGUUCUUAAUGAUGCAAAUCAGAGUGAACACAUCGAUGCUUUGAUUACUCCAGCGGAUUGGUUUUUCACACAAAGUAAAAUCAUCAUAACUACCUCUCGUGAACACUUAGUCAGUCACUGGAACCAAAAUUAUAAAACUUUCAGCAUUAGGCCACUUGAUGAUAAUGAGUCUCUCCAACUGUUUUCUUUUUAUGCCUUUUCUCAAGAUCGUCCACCAGAGGGCUACUUGGAACACUCAAAGAGAGUUAUAGCACACUGCAAAGGGUGUCCUUCAAGCCUUCAGAAUAUCGCUUCUUUACUAGUUGGCAAAAACAUAAACCAAUGGGUAAAGUUUUUAGAGAAACGGGAGGAAAUCCGGGAAGAAUCGAGUGACAUAAUAUUAGAGGUGAGCUACAAGAUGUUAGACAAGCACGAACAACAAUUGUUUCUCGAGAUUGCUAUGUUGAUGCUUGGACAAGAUGCAAAUGAUGCAGAGACAGCUCUCAAGAAAUGUGAUUUCUACUCAAAGGUGGGUAUGCAGAAUCUGAAGAAGAAAUCCUUUAUAAAGGUUGACAAUCAGAAUAAGCUAAUAAUGGAUCCAUCACUUGCUGCAAUGGCAAGAAGAAUUUAUAACCUGGCAACUGCUGAUAGUCCUGGGAAUAGUAGUUUCAACAGUUCAACAGAAACAACCAAUGAGAGCAUUAUAUCUGGAAUUGGGCGGCGUGGGAAACGAAAGCGAUUAGAUGAUCAAGACGAACUAGGCUCAGGGCGAAUCGAUGAAAGUCCAAGAUGGUUUAAACGAUUAUGGUUUUGGCGUUGAGAAUAAAAAAUCACGUCUUAGAUAAGUCACCCAUAUAGUUGUUUCUUUCUAUUGCUAUUACAAAAACAUCAAUGAUAAUUAUACAAGAAACUUUUAAUUA